AUGAUCGAGAAGGCUCAAGAAGCGACCGGUCGGGCUGCAGCCGAGCUGGUCAAGCCGGGCAAGUACCUGACGCUCCGCAAUGCGCGCGUGGACAUGUACCGCGGCACCAUGCGGCUAGCGGUGGACGCUCUGGGCAAAGUGGAGGAGGGAGAGGCGUCGGGCUUCGAGCCCAAGAAGGACAACAACCUUUCCCUAGUCGAGUUUGAGCUGGUGCCUGUGGCCUAG